AGCUACCCUUGCGGAGCCGCUCGGGCCAUGCGAAUCCCUGUAGAAUCCCCAGGCUGCAUCUAGCGGACAUGUUUCGUCAUCACGCUGGAGCGAUCAAUUGCGUGAAGCUUCCAAAGUUCGCUCCAGUAUCUCUGAAACACGAUCUUCGACUGUCUGUGUCACUCUCUCCAUAUCUCUGCAACAAUCACAUGUGCAGAAACACCAACUGGUCAAUAUAAUUCACCUAAUCCGCAGGAAUCGGCAGACAGCAUGGUCGGUCAUGAUCAGAAUGUCAGAACCUCCCGUGUUAGGCACCACUAACUCGUAUUCAUAGUAUCGCACACCAUUCGACCCCAACGACCCCGAACAAAUGUACAACAUGGCGCGAGCUGGUAUGACGCGCCGGCCGGCCAUGCAGCGCUUCGACGAAUAUUUCCGCAGCUACCCAUUGGUCAUGGCCCCCGGUGCUGAACGACCAGAGCUUAACUACGGCUCCAAGAUCCUCCUGCCAGUGUCGUCCCUCGACAAGAUCUCAAGACUGCAUGUUCAGUGGCCGCUAACGAUGGAGCUUGUCAAUGGAGAGAAAGAGCGACAUACCCACGCUGGUGUGCUGGAGUUUGUGGCCGAGGAAGGAAGAGUGUACCUGCCACAAUGGAUGAUGCAGACGCUGCAUCUUGAGGUUGGCGACAUGAUUCAGAUAAAGUCUACAUCGUUGGCCCCAGCCAAGUUCGUCAAGUUGCAAGCUCAGGCUCCCAACUUCGUCGAGAUUAGCGAUCCCAAGGCAGUACUCGAGAAGGCUUUCCGCAACUUCGCCACGCUCACUAAGGGUGAUGUGUUCAACUUCGAGUACAACGACGAGAUCUAUGAUAUGGCCGUGUUGGAGGUCAAGCCCGAAUCGGAGAAAAACGGUGUCAGUAUGAUUGAGACCGACGUUGAGGUGGACUUUGCGACCCCACUGGGCUACGUGGAGCCGGAGAGAACCAAAGGCAGUGGUACCAGCACACCCAGAAGUACGAGAGGAUUGCCGGCUGGUGGACUGCUUCAUAAUCAGGGAACUAUGGCUCAGUCCAUCAACUAUGACGCCCUCGCCCCGAACUCAACUACUGCUGCUGCUGGUGCACGAGCAGUAUCAUCACAUUUCCUCAGUGAAGGCCAUAAGCUUGUCGCCAAGAAGGGGUCUAAAGCACCCACUCCCAAGCCGUCAACGCCAGUAGCAGGAAAAUCAUCCAACACGGUACCCAUUCCACGCCGCACCACGAACGGGCCUCUACCUUUGCGUCUCCCUCCCAACAAGUUAUUUUUCGGGUACGAAAUCAAGCCAGUGAAGACAGAUGCAGACAAGGAAGCGGAGAAGGAGAAUGCCUCCAGGCCACACUUUAUGGGCCAAGGCCAGACCUUGAGAAGCGGAGCAGUCAAGAGAAAGAGCGAUCAGGAGGAGAAGCCCAAGGCACCCGAAAAGAAGCCAAGUGAAGGACGGAGAUUGGAUGGGCGAAAGAUAUAAUUGGCUCAUGACAUAUUGCGGCGUGGCGUUUACGGGGAGGGGAAUGAUAUUGCUAGCUUGGCACAGCAGCACUCUAGACUCAUGGCAUGAAUGAAGUUUGCUUUCUUCGACACUAUCACGCGUAAAUGCCAAUACGUAUGGUAGGUUUUGAUUGGUGACGCCAAUUUUAUAAUCAACUGAACGUGACCAUACACUUAUCGUAGCAAUUGUGCUCACACUGACCUGGGACGUGGUCUAUGAUACUUGGUAUCCAAAUGCCAUCAUUCGACAAACCUGGGUUUGCAGCCUCUUGUGCGUAGAAUUACUAGUAUAGC